AUGGUGCAUCUCAUCAGCCUGCUCUUUUUGCCAACUUUGGCAGCAGCGUUCCCCUUCCCUUAUAACACUUUGGAGCGCGUCCACAAAGUCUCAAAAGAUGAAUUUGAGUCCUCUGGCGACGGACCGGGUGAGUCUUUCCAGGGGAUCGUGAAAGUCGUGCAAUUGGACCCACGUGCUUUGGCCCAGUCCGGCCUGUUCAGAAGGGGCCUGGCUUCCCGGAGAGCCCCCUCCCUGCACUCCAGACUGCCCUUCCCGGCGUUCCUCUCUCAGGCGAGACCCGGUGCAGCCCUGAAGGCCCCUGUGAGCCCGCUACACCACCUGCAAGCUAAAAAACCUGCUGAGGUGGACCUGAAGAAGCGACAAGGCCUGCAGAUGUGGCAGAGAGCCAUGGAGAAGGGAAACAAGAUGGCCGUGUCUUUGCCAGCCACCCUAAAGGAUGCCAAACAGACGUGCACUGCUGUUCCUUUCAUUCAGCGUGUGACAUCCGAGGGUUGCGCCACAGUGACCGUGCACAACAAGCUGUGUUUCGGCCAGUGCAGCUCCCUGUUCGUCCCCUCUGAGAUGGACCCGGCCCGGAAGGGGUCCCACCAUCGGGUGCCCUGCUCUCGAUGCGCCCCAGUCAAGGCUCACACUGUGACCAUCCCCCUGCAGUGUGGCGCCAAGGUCCAAGAGAGGCGAGUGAUGCUGGUGGAGGAGUGCAAGUGUGAGACUGGACGUGAGGAGAUGAAUGCAGAGGAGGCUGCUGCUUUGCCACACUUCUAAACGCUUUAUGGCACUUUUUUGUCAUUUUAAGUUCAGAUAAGAAAAUUGAGAUGGUAGACUACUCAUUUACUUUUAUUCUCAAUGUCAUAUCACCUCCAUUAUAUGGAUAGACAUAUUCUGACCUUUGUGAUCAGUAUACUAUUGAUGAAUAUACAACAUUAGGCACACCUAAUCUAAUAAUAGUCUAUGCACGAAAUGUAUCAAAUGUAGCUUUUUUAUUGAUACCGUCAGAGACCUGUUAAACAUAGUCAUUUGGUUAAUAUAGUGGUUUUAGUGUGCUGUAGUGUACAACCGCACUGCAUCACACUGACAGCUGUUUGUCAUUUUUGCCAAUAGAUAUAUUGAUAGUUAAUAUAAUAUAAUACAAUACAAUACAAUAAAUAUGAUAUGAUGUCAUGUCAUUAUAUAAAUGUAUAUUAUCUUAUAUGAUAUGAUAUGAUAUGAUAUGAUAUGAUAUGAUAUGAUAUGAUAUGAUAUGAUAUUAUAUGAUAUUAUAUUAUAUUAUAUUAGAGACAUCGCAGCACAACUGUACACAGUUGCGUAAAAAUGCACAAUAAUAUACACAUCAUUACAGUACCAUUUUAUUUUAAUAAUAAUAACAAUAAACUAAAGCAUUAACGUAACAACAAAUGAUCUCAUUUGACGGUCACAGGAAGUGAACAGUCAGCAUUUCCUGAGACACAGAACAGGUGUGGUAUUAAACAAGCGCUGCCUCUUCCUGCUCCUUUUCAGACAUUUUGAAUUGCGUAACAAUGCGAUGUUCUUCAGUGUCACUUUCUAAGCAGCCUGAAACUAAUAAUCCAUUGUCAUUGCCAUAAUAAUAAUAAUGAUAACACAUUAGCGUGUUCGAUUAUGCAGGUGUUCCUAAUGUUGAAUGUAAAGUCUGAAUGUUUUGUUCAGUGUUCUUUGAUGGCUUAUUUGAGCUAAUUGUUGACAAUACGACACAUACCUAUAUCCACAUAUGUAUACAUUUCAAGUCGUGUACCUUGCCAGACGGAUGUGAAUGUCGAUGUUAAAACGACCUCUGACCUA